AUGUUGGCAUUUUUUUUGGCAUUUUUUAGAGAAGAAGCUGAAAUCACGACCGAAUAUGUUGAUUUGACCAUUGACAACUCUUAUUCCCAAAAUAAAAAAAAACAUGUAAACCACAUUUGUGCUCAAUUAAUGGACAGCAACUCCCUGUUUCACCUGAAUAUAUUAGAAGGUAUUCUGAUGCCCAUGACGCCAUCUAAUUUAUAA